UGGAGGAGAGCACCGCUCUUGUUGGGAGAUAGGGAAUGCCCGUUAGUUGCGUCUGCCGAUAAUAGCACAUCCACCGGAGCGCCGCUGUCGGGAGAGCAGAGCGCAGGCAGGCAGGCAGGCAGCGCGGCGCACUGAGCAGCGGAGCACGGGAUGACACAUUAGGGGGACAGGCGCACUCGGAGAGACGCGGAGACACAGAGCGGGAGGGAGAGGGAGCGCAUCGGAGCACGCUGACCAGAGGGGCAACAGAGGAGGAGGAGAGGGGGGACGCCAAGGGGAGAGCGGGGGGAGAGAAAAGUUACCAGGUCAGCGAGAGAGCGUGGAAGUGGAGCAGCUGAGAGCCCCGCGUGUCUCACUCCCACCGGAGCAGCUCGACGAGGCAAUAAGGCAGCGCAGGAGGAGAGCGGUAAUCACAGGAGAGGACGCGGCUUCUUCCUGGAAGGACAGUGCGGUCAUGAAGCGAGGCUAAUGCCCCUCACUGGACCUUUCUGCACACCUGCUUCAUACCUAUCGCAGCACAACAGCGGCGGCAGGCGGGAGACCUUUAAGCUCGACUGAGGGGUCUGAGCAGCUCAGCUUCUGCACUGGAGACUUUCUUACCCAAGUCAAGUGGACGUGUUUGGGCUUCAAAGAGGCUUUUAUCCCUUCUCCCCCUCCCAUUAUAAUUUUUUGCUUCAGAGGGUGAAGCAGUGGAGAUUUGGAGGGCGAGUGGCUCUGUCCUGUCAUCUCCGAGACUAUGGUCGACUGUGCGUCAGGGAACCCUCCAUUAGUAGCUGCAGCCCCAGAGCAUGGAGAAGUCCAGCAGUGAGGAGUCAGCCAUUCACCGUAGCCCGUCCGUAGACAGCCGCGACUCCGAUUUCGCCCAAGCCUCCACAUCUGGCCGCCCGUUCGGCGGCCGCGGCUUCACUGCCGGCGCUUUCUACGGCUCCACGGGGCCGCGCAAAAACGCACAGCAGGCGCCGGCGGCAGGCGCAGCCGACAGCGCCGGCGCAGGAGACAAGACCAGCAGCAAGUACAGCUCGCCCAAAGGCAGCAAAUACGUGGUCUUUUACCUGGAUCUAUCCUUUGUGUUCCUUUUAGAAUUCAAGAAGUGCAACAUGGCACGAGGCUGCCUCUGCUGCCUGAAGUACAUGAUGUUCAUCUUCAACCUCGUCUUCUGGCUAUGCGGCUGUGGGCUGCUCGGCGUGGGCAUCUGGCUCUCGGUGUCUCAGGGCAGCUUCGCUACCUUCUCGCCCUCGUUCCCCUCGCUGUCGGCCGCCAACAUGGUCAUCGCCAUCGGCGCCAUCGUCAUGGUAACGGGCUUCCUCGGCUGCCUGGGUGCCAUCAAGGAAAACAAGUGCCUGCUUCUGAGCUUCUUCAUUGUCCUGCUCAUCAUUCUCCUGGCGGAGCUGAUCUUGCUCACCCUCUUCUUCGUGUACUCAGAUAAGGUGAGCGAGAACGCGAAGCAGGACCUGAAGGACGGCCUGGCGCUCUACAACUCAGAGAACAACAUAGGCCUGCGCAACGCCUGGAACAUCAUCCAGGCAGAGUGGAAGUGCUGCGGGGUCAUAGCUUACACAGACUGGCACGAGGCCCUGCAGGAGAAGGUGGUCCCCGACCGCUGCUGCCAGGAGCAUUACCAGAACUGUGGGCGGAACGCCACCAACAUGUUCUGGAACGCGGGCUGCUUCGAGAAAGUGGAGGAAUGGCUGGAUGACAACAAGCACGUGCUGGGAACCAUCGGCAUGGUCAUCUUGGUGGUGCAGCUCUUGGGCAUGGCGUUCGCAAUGACACUAUUCCACCACAUCCACAGAACUGGAAAGAAGUACGACGCUUAGAUUUCGAAGGAAGCAUCCAAUGCAGAGGAGCCCCACUGCCUGAUGGGUUAAGACUCUGAUUUAAACACCCUCACCCCCCCCCCCCCCCCCCCCCCCUCUCCUUGUCUCACUUUUGCAACCACUGUAGAGAAUCCUUCGCCACCCUUCCUCCCAGACCGUCUGUGCAGACUCCAGCUGUGCCCCCCCGCCGUUCUUGCUCUCUCCUCCCACCAUUCAUUUUGCCAAAGAGUAUCACAUCUGGAAGACAACGGACACGUACAUCUGGCAAGGAAGAGAAUCCUAUUGGUUGCCACUUUUGUUUUUUUGUUUUUUUUCUUCUAUUGCUUGGACUAACAAUUUCCUGGAAGGACGCACAGACAUUGAGACAAUUGAGACUGUACUAAUGCCCACACACCCCACUCUGAGGCAGAGAGAACACAGGAAACUGAAACCAUCCACCUUGUGUGGAGUUAUUUUUGUCCCUCGUGUUGAAUGACAUCGACCCUUGUAAAUGGAAAAAAUACCAACACGGCAUGUUAGUUUUUCUUUUUUACUUCACUGCUUUAUCUUUUAUGUCAAAAUAUUCAUUUUCCUCUUUUUGUAAGUAUGUUGUCAGCGCUACUGUAGAAAGUCCGAGCCUUGUGUGUGUGUUGGGGGGCUGGAUUUGACGUGAUGUGACGAGCUGAGAUGAUGUUUAAUCUAAUCCACUUUUUUUUUUUUUUUUUUUUAUAUAUUAUGGAGAUUUGGGGGAAAGUGGGUGUGAUAGAGGAGCGUGAUGUAAAUGCCAGGAAUUAUCAGUGGAUUUAUCUUAUGGCAGCAUCCCCUGAUUAAUAAAUUGUUAUGCACAAAUCUGCCUGUGAACACACACACGCACACACACAUGCACGUGUGUGUUGUACUGCCACACUGCAGCAGUCUUCCUAUUCCCCAUGGGACAGUACAAAUGGUGUAAAAGGCCUGUUUAUUAGGAGCGCGUGAACCGGGGGGCUCUGAAUGAUGAAGUCGCCCCCUUUGAGCCUACAACCUGAAUCGCGUGUGGCACUUUAUGGGUGUGUUUUAUUAGAUGGUCCGGGGGCGAGGGGGGGUGAAUAAGAGGAGCCGGAGCACGAGGGACAGGAACGCAGCGGACGUGUUUCACUGCAGCCGUCAACUGUGUAAAGCCUUUCCCCCCUAGUCUGGAGAUCUCAUCUCCUCUCUCCCUCUGGCUGUCAACUCUCCGCGUCUUUCUUUCCCCACCACAAUUUUCCUUCCACAUGUCAGCAGCAGGCGAUGAGCUUUCUUGCCUCCAAACACACACACACACACACACACACACACACACACACACACACACACACACACACACACACACACACACACGCGCGCGCACAAUAUUUCAGCUCUCUGUUCGUGCCACUUCCCUAAUUUUACCUAAGCUUCCCUUUCUCGCCACCCAGCCGCGGCGCGUAGGCAGAUCAAAGUGGAGACAGAUAGGUAUGGCAACAUGCCCUGUAGGACAGGUCUGUUUACGUCUGUUUACUACUGAUUCGCUGCAGGAGGCCGAGUAUCAGUCUGCUUCAAAAAAUAACAAAAAACAAAAUAAAAGCCCUCCGGUGCGUCUGCUUCACGCUCCCGCUCCCGCAUCCCAGCGUGUUCACGGGAGGCUGUGGAUUUUUAUUGUUGGAGGAUUAUUUUAACCUGCUGAAGGUCAGAUAUCAUCGGUUAAGAUGAGCAGAGUAAAUGUGUGAAGGAAGAUCUGAGCGCGGUCAAAUUGACGCGCGUGCUCCGAAAGCAGCAAAUAUAAGCUCGCUGGAAAGCCUGAUCGACCUUUGACCCUCACGGGCCUCUGACUGCUUGGUUCCUGUCCGUUUUCUGUGUCUGCAUCCCUUUCCGGCCACGCAGAUGCAGCAGCAGGUGCAGGGAGCAGUCCGCGUUUAUCACAUCAGUGGGAGAAACCUGCUGAUUACAAGGCCCCUCUCACCCCUAACAGGUGUUGGCAGCUGCGCUGGUUGAUCAGGCACUGGGGUGAGGGCCGGGUGGACCGGGGUCACCAGACUCCGCUCAGUGCUCACGUCGGCACCACAGCAGCCUUGGAUGGAUGACUCGUGUCUGCAGUGUAAACAUUAGAUUGUUGUGGGCUGUUGUGAACUGGAAGCACCCUUUUGCUGCUUAGACAUUAGGUGAGAAACGCCGGGGCGAAGACAGAUUCUCCCCCUCGUUCCCUCAUUAGACGUCCUCUCAGCCUGGGCGCCCCGGAGCCUCACCUGAAAGCAUUCUUAGCAUUUUUAUCGGUUUGGUAAUGACUCGAUCUGAGGGGCAGCGUUUCGGGAAGCAACAGAUUUCGCCUCUGCUGGCUGUGCGUCAACGCUGGCGCCCCGUAUGCUGCGGCUCUUCUUGUUGCGUCCACGGGGGGAGGGAGGGGGACGUGACAGCCGCUGAUGUACAGCAGAAGCGCGAGCGCUCGGCUGCCUCCACAAACUCUCCACCCAUCCCUUGUUUACAGCCUCUGUGACGAGCAGGGAGGACAGGGGCGGUGGUGGUGGUGGGGGGUUCAUCGCUACAACAGCGCCGUGAAUCUAACCGCGCCGUUGACAGUGACAGCGGCAGAAAUCAAACCCCCGGUUUCCCAGCGCGACGUCGCACGGUUCAGCCGACUCUCUGCCUCCGGUCCUCUAAACGUCCCCCUGAACCAAUGAAUUCACGUUUUUCGUCACUUGUCACUGUUUUACGUGUUAGUUUUCCACCAAGCGUCUUCUCCCGUCGGCGACGGAGGCUCGUUGUCGCUCGUCGUCUUCUUCCUAGGAUUGGACGUCACCGCCGAACGCCUCUCUGUCUAAACAGCGCUGCAGCGAUUAGAAGGUGGAGGUCCACAAACGCUCCUCCGUUCAACGACACGCGUGUCCUGUCAAACUGCCAGCGUCACAGUCACACAUGAAGCACACGUGUGACUCCACCACAUCAGGCCUGGAUGUAAAUACGCUCAUGACUUGCUGUUGUACUAAUCACAUCGCCGCUUUAAAAGCCAUUUUCUCAUUGCGAUGAGACACUCGUAUUUUCGCCAUAAGUUAGUUUCUUCUGCUCCUUUUUUUUUCGAGGGGCGCUGUGAAGUCGAUGUAGACGUGUUUGUGUCAUAUUACAUAUUUUAUUUCUACAUUUGCAUCCUGUAGUAAGACCCAUCCUUCCCUCUCAUCCAGUAAAGCCACAGAGACGGCGCACAUGCAGUAAAGGUUUUUUUUUUCUGCUGUGAAGAAGUUUGAAUCGUAGGAAGAGUAUUCAUUUUUGUUUGUUUCUUUGUAUUCUCACCUUUACUGUGAUUUCUGUUCUCCGACUCCUCUUCUGCUAAAGCUGAAUAUCCGAGCAGUGGAACUGGUGUGUUUGAUGUUGUGCUCUGCUGGGUGGCACUCAUCUCAUCUGAUACCUGCCAGCCCCGUCCUGUGGAGUUUAUCUGCUACAUGUGAUCGCAGUCUGAAAUAUCUAUACUAAGUGGUGCACUCCCUUCGCUUUAUUCUCUAAAUCCACUAUUUUUCAAAUAAAAGGAAAGGGUGUCACGAAAAUCCCACGAUACUGUACACUCAUUGCCUUUCAUGUUUAAUGACUCAAUGCUUUUGAUGUGUUCCUUUUUCUUUCCUGCCACUGUUAUAUAGACAGCAUUUAAAUAGCGUCUGAUGCUGGAGGUUUUUCUUUUUUUUUUUUUUAAGGGGAUAGACAAACCUUGGCACGAGGAGUAAAGCGAAGCUGUGUCAGAGCAGAUCCCGUGGUGUAUUCAGCGGAAGGCGGCGGCAUCGCUGCCUCCGAGCUGCCUCGACUUCAAAACAAAUAGGAGAAUCUGAGGGGCCGUUGUCCCGAAGACGCCGAGGCGAGCUAAUGGUAGUCCGCUCGGCGAGCAGAGGGGUGCUUUUGAAGAACAAAAGGGAGAUGAUGAAAGUGGGAACCAUCGCCAAUUUGUCUCGUUUCUACAUCAUGGGGAGAGCAGCAGAGUAUUUUUGUACAGAGGUUUAUCCCUGUUUCAGGCCCAUUUGUCAUAGUGAGUGAAUUUAUUGUGCCAUUCCAUCUUGGCGGGUUCUCUCCCCCACCCCCCCCACCCUUUUGUUUUAACAUGACUGUUCCUUCUAUGCAAAAAUAUGACCUAUUUUAGCCUUUGUACAGAUUAUUUUGUAUGAGUAACAUGUACUUCAAUAAAGUAAACACAAUAAGCCGUGAA